CCACACCAUGCUCCCGUCACCCUGACACCAUCCUGCUUUUACAAUCCACCGUGAUCAAUACUGCAUUAUUUAUUUAUUUUCUUCAGAAGCAGGAGGGUGCUUCUUCCAUUAGGGUGUGCUCUCUCUUUUUUUUUUGUUUCAUUCAUCACAUUGAGACUUCAGAGAUCUGCAUUAAAGGCAGAACAUAUGAAAGGGUCCAGCAGACAAGCAAGUCCUUAUUGAUGGUGGAGGACCAAAAGGAUCUUGGUUGGGCGUCACAAGAACGGACAGGUUUAUCCAGCAAGAGAGGGGGGGAGAAGAAGCGAAGACAGCCACCCCCCCCCUCCAUCCCCAGUCCUCCUCCCCCUUUCCUCUUGAGGAUUUUCCUUGCAUCUGGAUCCCCGUGGAAAGAGAGAGGAGAAGAUGACCACAGUGGGAAAAGAUGGUGGUGGAACACCACACAUGCAAUAUGUGGGUCCAUACCGGCUGGAGAAGACGCUUGGGAAGGGUCAGACAGGUCUGGUGAAACUUGGUGUUCAUUGCGUCACGUGUCAAAAGGUUGCCAUCAAAAUCGUCAACAGAGAAAAGCUCAGCGAGUCCGUGUUAAUGAAGGUGGAGCGGGAGAUCGCUAUCCUCAAGUUAAUUGAACAUCCGCACGUCUUAAAAUUACAUGAUGUCUAUGAGAACAAGAAAUACCUGUACCUUGUUUUGGAGCACGUGUCUGGGGGAGAACUCUUCGACUACCUGGUAAAGAAAGGGAGACUUACUCCUAAGGAAGCUCGCAAAUUCUUCCGGCAGAUCAUCUCGGCGCUGGACUUUUGCCACAGUCAUUCCAUCUGCCACAGGGAUCUGAAGCCUGAAAACCUCCUUCUUGAUGAGAAGAAUAACAUCCGCAUCGCUGAUUUUGGGAUGGCCUCUCUGCAGGUCGGAGACAGCCUGCUGGAGACCAGCUGCGGGUCACCACAUUAUGCCUGUCCAGAGGUGAUCAGGGGUGAGAAAUAUGAUGGAAGGAAAGCAGAUAUCUGGAGCUGUGGGGUCAUCCUGUUUGCUCUGCUUGUGGGCGCUCUGCCAUUUGAUGAUGAUAACUUGAGGCAGCUUCUAGAGAAAGUGAAGCGAGGGGUCUUCCACAUGCCACACUUCAUUCCCCCCGACUGUCAGAACCUGCUGUGCGGGAUGAUUGAGGUGGAACCCAUAAAGAGGUUGACGUUAGAAGCCAUACAGAAGCACACCUGGUACAUCGGUGGGAAGAAUGAGCCAGAACCGGAACAAGCAGUCCCAAGAAAGGUGCAGAUGGGGUCUCUGCCAUCGCUGGAGGAUGUGGACCCGGAUGUGCUAGACAGUAUGCACUCCCUAGGCUGCUUCAGGGAUCGCAACAAGUUACUGCAGGACCUGCUGUCUGAAGAGGAAAACCAAGAGAAGAUGAUUUAUUUCCUAUUACUGGAUCGGAAGGAAAGAUACCCCAGCCAGGAAGAUGAAGAUCUACCACCAAGGGCAGAUAUUGACCCUCCGAGGAAAAGAGUGGACUCUCCUAUGCUGACUCGUCAUGGAAAGAGAAGGCCGGAGCGAAAGUCUAUGGAGGUUCUUAGCGGAACAGAUGGAGGGUCACCAGUACCAGCUCGCAGAGCUAUUGAGAUGGCACAGCAUGGUCAGAGGUCACGCUCUAUCAGCGGUGCUUCUUCAGGACUCUCGAUCAGUCCAGUGAGCAGCCCAAGGGUCACCCCUCAUCCGUCACCUCGUGGCAGCCCCCUCCCUACUCCCAAGGGGACACCUGUCCAUACACCCAAGGAAAGUCCAGCGGGGACUCCUUCACCUACUCCACCCUCCAGCCCGAGCAUCGGGGGAAUGCCCUGGAGGACCAGGCUGAAUUCUAUCAAGAAUAACUUCCUGGGGUCACCAAGAUUCCAUCGCCGUAAACUGCAAGUUCCUACAGCUGAUGAAAUGACCAACCUGACUCCAGAAUCAUCACCAGAAUUGGCCAAAAAGUCUUGGUUUGGUAACUUCCUCACCCUGGAAAAGGAGGAUCAGAUCUUCGUGGUCAUUAAAGAUAAACCUUUAAGUUCCAUCAAAGCUGAUAUUGUACAAGCGUUCCUCUCGAUCCCAAGUCUCAGUCACAGUGUGAUCUCACAAACCAGUUUCCGAGCGGAGUACAAAUCCACAGGGGGUCCAUCCGUCUUCCAGAAGCCAGUGAAGUUCCAGGUGGAUAUCACAUAUACGGAAAGUGGAGAAAAGCAGAAGGACUGCGGGAUAUAUUCAGUCACUUUCACUCUGUUAUCAGGUCCCAGCCGGCGGUUUAAACGGGUUGUCGAGACAAUUCAAACCCAGCUUUUGAGCUCACAUGAACAACCGUCUGUACUGCAGCUUUCAGACCCCAAUAACUGUAUGGAGUAUCUCAGUGGAAAGCUCUCAAAAUGUGGCCGCCCAAUCAGUAACUUCUUUGACGUACUUAAACAACUUUUUUCAGACGAGAAGAAUGGUCACGCCUCUCCCCCCCCUGGGCCCCUCAGCAAGCAGCGUCCGGCUGAUAACAAGGAGCAGGGGCCCUUGGGAGCCAGCGGGAAAGAGAAAGCCAGGAAAACCAGCAAUGCCAUCACUCAGGAUCCCCCUGUCCCUGCUUCCCCCAGCAAACAGGGCACAUAACACUGGAAAUUCCCACAGUGACCACAGGGUGGCACUAGAGGUCAAUGACCAUAUAGGGAACAUACCCUGCAAUACUCUCAGUGAACACACAGUGGCUGCAACUACAGGGGUUAAUGUUGGCUAGACAUACCCAGCAUUCCCUAAUGAAAAUAAUAAUGGUUGUGUCUGUCACUAGAAACAGGGAAACAUGUCAUUGUCGUGAUAUGCAGUGUAAUCCGUUUGUCACACUUUUGUACCAAUAUAGUGACCACUAGCCAAGUGUUUCCCUUAGGAAUUGGUGUCCUGCAAUAUACACAAUGGCCACAAGAUGUCACUAUCACAUUCACUCCAUGGUUUGUGUCUGGAAUGUACGAAACAAAUAAUGAUUUCUCAUCAAUGUGCACCUCUGUGUUACACCACUGGUUGUAUAUAAAUACAGAGUUAUUCAGUUUACCUUAUAUAUACAUAUAUAUUCUGCUAUGUAAAUACAUAUACGUAUAUUAGUGUGUAUAUAUAUUCUUGCACACAACCUUAACUACAGUAUUACUUAGGAGCUAGAAGUGCAUCAUUUUGUAGUGAGAACACUAAUGUUCAUGUAUAUAAUAUACCAAGUAUAAAUAUGUAUAUAGAGAGCUCAGAGCACAAUCUUUACACGCUGCAUUCUGCUUAAGGCUGUAUAUUUAUUUAUUAAUGAUUUUUCUUUCCUUUCUGUAUGUUUGUUCUCCAUUCCACCUCUUUGGGACAUCUUUCCUCUUUUAAUUUUGCCCACCUUGGUUCCUUUGUCUUCACAACCUGCCCUGUUUAAUUUCUA